AUGGUUGCAAUUGAAAUGGCAAAAGAAAUUGAGGAAGAAUCUGAAACAACAGUUGAUGCUGAUUUGACCGAUAAACAGAAACAUCAGUUGAAACACAGGGAACUCUUUCUGUCACGCCAGUAUGAAUCUCUGCCUGCAACACACAUCAGGGGAAAAUGCAGUGUUGCCCUUCUGAAUGAGACAGAGUCAGUAUUGUCAUAUCUUGAUAAAGAGGACACCUUUUUCUACUCAUUGGUCUAUGACCCCUCACUAAAAACACUACUAGCCGACAAAGGUGAAAUCCGCGUGGGACCUAGAUACCAAGCAGACAUUCCAGAAAUGCUCUUAGAAGGAGAAUCAGAUGAGAGGGAACAGUCAAAAUUGGAAGUCAAAGUUUGGGAUCCAAAUAGCCCACUUACGGAUCGACAGAUUGACCAGUUUUUAGUUGUAGCACGCGCCGUCGGGACGUUCGCGAGGGCCCUUGACUGCAGCAGUUCCGUGCGGCAACCCAGCCUGCACAUGAGUGCCGCCGCCGCCUCGCGGGACAUCACCUUGUUUCAUGCUAUGGAUACCUUGUAUAGACACAGCUAUGACUUGAGCAGUGCCAUUAGUGUCUUAGUACCACUUGGAGGACCUGUUUUAUGCAGAGAUGAAAUGGAAGAAUGGUCAGCCUCUGAAGCUAGCUUAUUUGAAGAGGCACUGGAAAAAUACGGCAAAGACUUCAACGACAUACGUCAAGACUUUCUUCCUUGGAAAUCACUGACUAGCAUCAUUGAAUAUUACUACAUGUGGAAAACUACUGAUAGAUACGUGCAGCAGAAACGUCUAAAAGCAGCAGAAGCUGAGAGUAAACUGAAACAAGUAUAUAUCCCAACUUACAAACCAAAUCCCAACCAAAUAUCCACCAGCAAUGGCAAGCCUGGUGCUGUGAAUGGAGCUGUGGGGACCACGUUCCAGCCUCAGAAUUCCCUUUUAGGGCGAGCCUGUGAGAGCUGCUAUGCUACCCAGUCUCACCAGUGGUAUUCUUGGGGCCCACCUAAUAUGCAGUGUAGACUAUGUGCAAUUUGUUGGCUUUAUUGGAAAAAAUAUGGCGGCCUGAAAAUGCCCACCCAGUCAGAGGAAGAGAAGUUGUCUCCUAGCCCUACUGCAGAGGACGCUCGUGUUAGAAGUCAUGUGUCCCGCCAGGCCAUGCAGGGGAUGCCAGUCCGAAACACUGGGAGUCCAAAGUCUGCGGUGAAGACCCGCCAAGCUUUCUUCCUUCACACUACAUAUUUCACAAAAUUUGCUCGUCAGGUCUGCAAAAAUACCCUCCGGCUGCGGCAGGCAGCGAGACGGCCGUUUGUUGCUAUUAAUUAUGCUGCCAUUAGGGCAGAAUAUGCAGACAGACAUGCUGAACUAUCUGGAAGUCCACUGAAAAGCAAAAGCACUAGGAAGCCUUUGGCAUGUAUCAUUGGGUAUUUAGAGAUCCAUCCUGCAAAGAAACCUAAUGUAAUCCGAUCUGCACCGAGCCUGCAAACCCCCACCACCAAGCGGAUGCUCACUACCCCGAACCACACAUCUCUGAGCAUUCUGGGGAAAAGAAACUACAGUCAUCACAACGGUCUGGACGAGCUCACGUGCUGCGUGUCGGACUGAGCCGUCCCCGUCUCAUCCUGCAACCCCAGCCUUGCUGCACUGCCCUGCUGAUGUUCACAGUCGUGCCUGAUGUUCACAGUCACAGCCCCGCUCCCAGGACCUUUCGGUGGGGUCCCCCGCGUGCUCCCCUGAGGCCGCGGGGGGCAGGGAAGGAACCGUGGAUGUGCACGUUCCAGAGCUGCGUCUCCGCCCGCUUUCUUUCAAGAGACCUCGCUGUCCCAGCACGGGCCCUGCUGGGAGUCGUGGGCUGAGUGGCCUCCCACUUCCGCAGCCUCCUCCCUCCAUGGCCCGCGCCCCCCCCAGGCUCCUGGCAGCCGGGCCGCCCUGCAUGUGUCCGCCCUGCUCGCCUCACGCUGUUUAGUCAUGCACGGAAGGGCCGUGGCACCGCUCUGAAGGGACUUUCCUAGGGAACACGCCAGUGUCUAUGCAGGUCCCAGUGCUUCCCUGUCCUCUCCGUGACCGUCGCUCCGCUUUCCUCCGUAGGCUUUUAAAUGGGGGACGUUGCUGUCACCCUGCGUCCUGGGUUUGACCCUCUCCCACUCCUCAAGGCACAGAAUCACCCCAGCUUCUGACAAAAGGAAUCCGUGAACAUGCCGUCUGGAUUCUGUCAUCAGAGAGAGGCCUGCGUCCUGCUUGGCUCUGCUUGGUGUCAGACGGCUCCAGCCAGAGCAGGUGUCAAGUGUGCCAAGCGUGUGCACGUCACUAUGACAAGCCAUUUGCCCUCUGCCCUGCCCUCUCAC